CUCAGCAACACACACGCUGCCGUGUCUCUAGAGCUCUCUCCCUCUCUCUUGUCAGUGGUUGCUGUGUGAGGACUACACAAAGGCACAUCGGUGGCCGCCUACUUCAUUGCGACACGACUGCGCUGUCAGUGAGGGCAGAUCGACGCGAUGGUGUUCGCGAAGCUCUCCCUAUCUGCCGGCCCUGGCUCACAGCUGAUGAAGGCAUUCCAUUAAAUACUCCAAGACACAGACAGUCACACCGGAGCACCUCCCAGCCUCCCAGCUGGACCCACACACCACCGCACAGCCUGCGCAUUCCGCGCAUGGCCGUCAAUGGUCUGUCUGCCCGGCCCCCCACAGACGAACGUACGACUAUACACCCCUGCCGACAUCUCUCCCUCUCCAUGCAAUGAGAACAGCCCCACGUCACAAACACGAUUACACCCAACACGCGCACACGCGAUUCAUCUGUGUGUCUGCGUCGGCCAGUCACUCGUUGCCGCCGUCGCCAUCCGACACCUCCGUGUCUGAGGUGUCCUUCUCGAACCGCGCCAGCACCCUCUGUGUGUAGCUGACCAAAAACUGCCGGUCGGCCUCACUCUCGAACACCCAAGACGGCAGAUCCGAUAUCAGCCGAGUCUGCUCGGCCCGCACACGCAGGCCGUAGAAGAGACCCCGCUCACCCUGCACGGACACACACAAGGAUGAGAGACAGCAUCAUGCCGCUGUGUGUGUGUGUGUGUGGGAGGGGGGCGUGUGGCUGACCAGGAGCUUUGCGGCGGGGUUGGUGCCGCGGAUGGCCAAGUAGAGGGGCGGGACGACGGUCGUCAGCAGGUCUGGGUGGGGCGGCUGCCUUGGGUGUUUGCACAGCCGCUUCAUGCCCUUGAGGGCGUCGAGGCACUCAGCCAGCGGGAGCGUCUUGGCCUUCAGCAGCUCGCUGAUGGCCGGCAGCAGCCGCACACACGUGUCCCGCGCCUUAAGGCCAUCAUCGCCGCCAAGCCUGCACAAACAAAUCGAGCAGACAUCGAUGCGCCUGUGUCGGUGCGUGUGUGGUCUCUCCGUGGUCACUUGGCGAGUUUGCACAGGUUUGCGAAGGCCUUGAGUGCGGCCCGUUUGGUGCGCGGCAGCUCGGUGCCGCUGGAGAUGACCUGUGUGAGCCCCUCCACCAGCCUGUCCGACACGUCGGCUGCGAUGAUCUUGUCCCAGCCUUGUGGCAGGGCCAGCAAAGCGGCAGCCGCCAGCACCAUACCCUGAGCACCGCCACGCAAUGCUACCACACUCAUGGCGUCGGACUGUCUGUGUGUGUCGAGUGGGGUAGGUACCUCUCUCGUGGCGGCAUCGGACGACGAGAAGGAGUAGAUAAUGUCCUCAGACAACACCUGGAUGAGGUGGAUGAAGAGAUCGCACACACACACCCCAAUGAAAUCGGUCUCUCGUGUGGAUGCUGGUCGUCGUGUGCGCACCUUGUCGGCUUCCUGUUGGUCCAUGUGCAGUCCAAUAAGAGCAGCCAGCGCGUCGGCAGCCGCCUGGCGCGUCGUCUCCUCGUUGUCCUUUGUAGACCCACACGCAGACAAGUGAAGAGCACCACAGAAAGACAGCAAACACCUUAGUCUCGGGCUGUCUGGCGGUGGCGGUGGCUGGCUCGGUGUACCCGGGCUUUCAGCAAUUGGAAUGCGGUCUGCUCGACUUUGGGUCUGACGGCAGCCGGGGCGGCACUCGGCAGCUUCCGCAACACCGAUGCGAGCGCCUGCAUGUACCCGCCGCGAAUGCUGAUGUCCUGACGGCGACCACCACACCAACCCACACGCACACACACACAUUUGGCUGCUCCUCUGACACUGUGCCUAAGCCGACCUCACCGUGGCAGUGUUGGCGGCCUCCUUGCAGAGCUCGUUGAGCAGGGGCUCCGUGCGUGCGCCAGGGAGGGCGGCCAGGGCCCCCAGCGACGCACCGCUCCGUCGCCUGACGAACUCGCCGCCCUGGGGGUCACCCAACGCCUUGAGGAAGGUCGACUGCAGCUGAGGCAGGAAGGGCUUUAGCGUCGCGCCACCGCGGUCCAGCAACGCUCUGACAGACAGACACACACAGGGAGGGAGGGAGUACACAAACGAGGGAAAUGAUGACUGUGUGUGUGUGUUUGGUGUACUGUACCUGAGUGCUUCGAGGAUGGCGGCCUUGACGUUGGCGGGGAAUCUGUCGCCGAGGAUACGGAUGAGGGGCCCCGCCAGUUUGGUGGCCCACGGCUUGAGCGCCACGGGGUCCAUGUGCUUGACCAUCUCACCUAAACCACACACACAGACACAUGGGUGCGGUGGUUUGCGAGUGUGUGGUUCCCUUAGGUUGCCCACCGAGUCCCUUGGCGGCGACUUCUCGGUCGUCGGGCUUCCCGUACAUCAGUGCUUGCUGAGAAACACACACACAGACACAGACACAGACACAGACACACAUGCAUUCGGCGGCUGUGUGUUGGUCGGAUGGAUCCCACCUGGUAUACUGGUUGCAGCGCCUCGACGGCCGCCUUGAGGUUGAGGCCAUCCAGCACGAUGCCCUCCUCACGACCGCUCAGCGGAUCGCUCACCAACUUGAACACCUCUCCACGCAACUGCACACACAACGCAGCGGAGAAGUGUCCAUCCAUCCAUCCAUCGGUGCCUUUCACCCUCCCUCCCUCCCUCCCUCCCACCUCAGUGACGUAGUUGGCGAAUGUCUCCUUGGACACGGCCUUGGUGAGUGCAAGCAGCGCGUCGGCUCCCUUGGCGAGGGCGUCGCUGUCGGGGUCGGCCAGAGCCACCGGCACAAUGACGGGCAGCAACACCUGCACGUACUCACCCAACGGCACCUGACAGACAGACAGACAGACAAACCAUGGACGGCGCCAGACCACACACUCAUCCUAUCCUCAGCCUGCCUACCCACCUUGUUCUCAGCGGCCACGUCGAAGAAUCGCGCCAUGAGGCUGCCCAGGAGGGCCCUCUUGACGGGGUUGAGGGCGUCUUCCUCCACCGGCCCAUCCCGCUUGACGCCCCCGGCAGAGCGGUCGAUGAGCGGCCUGCCCUCCUGCAGCAUAGUGCCCAGCUGCCCCAGCAAAGAGUGGGCGCCGUCCGACGUCACACGGUGGAAGAGCUUGUUGGCCGUGCUGCCGAUUUCCUCGCGGAAGAUGCUCGUCGCCACAUCGACGUCGAGGCCAUUCUCUGAGGCCAGGGAGCAAGCAGAGGGUCAGCAGCUGGUGGGUGGGUCUUCUCUUUGGUGUGUCGAGUCGUGCCUUUGAUGAAUUGUGUGUCUUGGUUGAUUGCUGCGGCGUCCACGAGUGCCGGCAGGAUGCGCGUGAAGGAGUUGUGCACCACAUUGGGGUUGGUCGCUGACGCCACACACCCCAACGCGCGAAUCUGACCAACAAACAGUCCGUCACAACAGGCAGCCAAUUUCUCUGUGUGUCCUCUGUGUGUGUGUUGACGAGCACAGGCACCUUCAUGACGUCGUAUGGCUGUUUGAGCACGGUGCCGUAGAAGGACGGCAGAAUGCCGUGCGGCUCCUCGCGAAUGAGCAGCUCCAGGCUGUGCAGGAUGGCCUCGUGGGUGUCGCUGGCGCUCGCCACGUCGUAGACAGGCGGGGAGAAGAGCUGAUCCAUCAGCCAUGGCAACACCUGCCCACCACACACACACACACACACACAAACACGUGAAGACGAGCGUCCUUUCCUUGGUCAGCCAGGCACUGACCUGCUCGAGGACGAGUGGCGAGUUCUUCUCGUACAGCUUGGCGGCGCAGUGCGUGGCGGUCUCCCGCACGCGGCCCUCGGUGUCGCAGAGGACCUUCCUGACGGUGGGCAGGAGCACCUGGCUGUACUCGGCCAGGAGUGCCUUGGGGGCCGCCUCGAUCACCUCACCCAGCCCGAUACACACGCCGCGACGCGUGUGCCACUCGCUGCUCUCGAGCGUCUGGGGCCAUCGGAGAAGGAAGCACACACACACACACACAGAGGGAGGGAGGGAGGGAGUGGUUUGUGGUGGAGAGGUUGAUUCUCGUCCGUCUGAGACUGACUUGUGCGAAGAUUGGCAUGAGGUCCGGCAGGACGCGGUCGCCGAGCUUCUGCACCAGGUCACCCACACACCGGCCCGCCACACUACGCACACACACAGAAACACAAAGAGAGAGAGAUGGGAGGAGGGUGUCUGUGGUUUGGUGUGAGUGCGUACGUCUGUUUCUCGCGUGACUCUGAUCCCAGGUUUUGGAUGAGUCUCUUCAUGAGGAUGGGCAGCAGCUCCUUGAGCGUCUUGGGCGUGUUGCUCACCACACUCUUCCACACCUGCACACCGCACACAACACAACACACACAACACAAUAUAACAUGGGCGUCCACGCACAGCCAUCCAUCCAGCCAUCCAUGUGUGUGAGAGUGCUCACACUGCCGGCAGUGCUGCGGACGACCAGGUUGUCAUCAGACCUGCACACACAUACACACAGAUGGACCAACCAUCCCUCAUGUGUGUGUGUGUGUUUCUGGCCGCACGGCGUACCUGACGAUGUAGAGCGAUGAGAGGAGGAAGGCCCGCCUCUCGCGGCUGAGCACCUCCGACGCCAUGAGGUCCUGCGUCGGCUGCAGCGCACCAUCGGCAGACGGGGGCGCGUCCAUCGGCCGAAGAAUGCGCGUGAUCAACGUACCCAACAGCGACACUGACAGAUGACCCACCGACAGACCGACCAAUACACCAGACACACACACACACACAGAGAGAGAGAGAGAGGGAGGGAGAGGGAGGGAGAGAGAUGAGAGCUUGGCGCCUUUCGCCUUUGUUUUCCCUGACCUGAUGCUUGUCGUAUUCUCCAGUCAGGGCUGAAGAUGCCCUCCUCGAGAGGCGGCAGCAGCAGGGCCGUGUGUGUGGCGCCGUACUGACCCACCAGCACCUCAGCCGCGCGGAACGACACGUCCCUCACGGGCUCAGACUCAUCCGCCAGGCCGCGAAGCAGCGCGGGCAGCACCUGUGGGACGUACAUCUGCACACGCAAAGAGGACGAGGGCAACACAGCCAUUUCCCUCUCUCUCUCUCUCUCUGUGUGUGUGCGUGUGUGUGGUUGCCUGGAAGCUCUCCCCGAAGGCGAUGGGGAGGUAGACGAACAGGCCGAGGUAGCCCUCCCGCACUUCGGGCGCCGACUUCUUGUUGGCCGCAUUCUCCAAAAUCAGCGGCAGAAACUCGUCGAGCUUCUCGGCCCCCAAAGCCACGAGCACCUCCGACAGCCCGUUGGCGGCCCCGCUGCGCUCGACUGACGAGGAGGACGACUUGAGAGUGGUGAAGAGCCACGGCAGCACGUCGUCGAGGUGCUCCUCCCCCAGUGCGCCUGCGAUGCGGCCGAAUGCCUUGGCGGCCACCUGACGGACAUCGGGAAUGGGGUCGACGAGAGUGCCCUUGAGGUGGGGGAUGAUGGCGGGGUAGUAGGGGAGGAAGUCCUUCGGCUCGCGCAUGAGCUCCACCAUGGAGGCCACGAUCUGUGCCGCCUUCUUCUUGGUCUCCGAACCGCGCUCGCGCAACGCACGGGUCAGCAUGGGACACACCUGCACACACACACACACAUGGAUGGAUGGAUGGAUGGAUGUGUGGUGGGAGAGGGCCGCCCACCAUUGCGAGUGAGGGCGCGUCGACGGCGUGGACGAAAGAGGUCUCGAGGAGCGCCUGUAGAGCGGUCUUGGUGGCCUUGUCGCUGGGGUUGACCAGCGACUCGAUCAACACACCCUGCAGACUCUUGAUCUCAGGAGUCGUUAUCACACUCGCUGCAGCCAUGACAGAACAAACACCACAACCAACACACUUACUGGCUGCUUCCCGUGUGUGUGUAUCCCUUGGUAGUGCAGUUCUAACCAAUGGUCUUGAGCGCCUUGUCGGCCGAGUCCCUGACUUUGGGGUGGCUGUCCGACACGACGUCAGCCAGCGCCGGGACGACCUGCGGGAGGCUGACGGCCAGCUGCUUUGGGGCGCAGUUGACCAUAGAGGCCAGGAGCUCGAUGGACCCCAGCUUGGUGCGCCACUGCUUCUCCGUCACCUUGGACAGCAAGGUCGGCAGCACCAUCUUGACACCGUGGCCGCUGCACCACCCACACACACACAUAUGCAGCCGUCAUUGUGUGUGGGUGUGGGUGUGGGUGUGGUGGGUCAGACCCACCUGAGCCCAGCCAUGAGGGACUUGGCGGCUUUCUGUGCGGCGUUGCGAACGUGGAUCGACGUGUCGGAGAAGGCAUUCUGAUGGAUGGAAACGACGAGACCUGUGUUCUGUGGUCUCUCGCGUGUGUCUAUGGACUCUCUCUAACUCACGAGCAGAGUGGGAAGGGUGUGGAUGACGAAGGGCUCGAAGAGGCGGCCGAGUGCCUCUGAGAGGGCCUCGAAACACAUCAGCGCACCCUGCCGACGCAGCGGCUCCUUCGGAUGCUCAGCACUGAUUGGCCAGACAGACGGAGGAGAAGCAUGGGGCACGUGCCACCUGUGUGUGUGCGUGUGGCACCGACGCUUCCUGGAGCCGUUUGAUGAGGUCGAAUUGCUUGAGAGCCGAGAUGCCCAGGCCCUUGACGAUCGCACCCACACCCAUCGCAGCACCUGAAGGAUGAGACAUGGAGAAAUACACGGCAAGCAUUGCACCGCUGCCGCGGCGUGGUGAGGUGGGCAAUCAAGCAUACCAUUUCUAAUGGUGGCGUUGUCAUUGGUGAAGGCCUCCUCCAGGAACUUCUCGAGCGUCAUCUGGCUACUGAAGGCCUCUGCAGCACAGCCACCACAACAAGCGAUCAUCCCUCUGAAUGUCUAGUCCAUGUGGUGUGUUUCCCCUCUCUGCCCCACCAGUUUUGGCCUGGUUGCAGGCCUUGACAAGUGGCGCCACCACGUCGGCCACGGCCUUCUGCACCGAAGGGGAUGGCGCCUUGGGGUCGAGGAGGAGGUCGAGCAGCCGGUCCAGCACGGCCACCACCUUGGCGUCACUGGGGUCAAUGUACUUGGUCACCGCACCCAAGUACACCGCAGACGCCAUCGCUGCCGCCUCGUUCCUGCACACACCCAUGUGUGCCCCACUUUGGUGCGGCGGGGGCGGGGGCGGGGGAGCCUACCUCGAUUUGCUGCGGGUUUGUAUUUCGAUUUGUCUUUCGAUGAUCUCGAGCAUGUGUCUGUAGAAGUCCUUGCCGCAGUCCUCGAUGAGCGCAUGGCCCACCGACAAGACGCACUUGCGCAGAGGGCUGUCGGGGUCUUCUCGCACGUCGGGCUGCUCCAUCCCACACCUGCACACACACCACACACACACACCAUAGACAGACAGAUGGUGAGCCGCUCACAGAUGUGUGUUGUGCGUGUGUGGCUGCUGGGUACUCGAAUAUGAGUUUGAACAUCUCUGCGAUCUGUUCCUCGGUGGUGAUGAGGCCCUUCUUGGUCAGCGCCACCAGGGCAUAACACACACCCUCGCGCACACGACCUGCACAGACGCAAAUCAAAGCGGUCCACACGCGCCGCCAUUGACAAAAGUUUGGUUGGGCGUGUUCUUUCGCCGACCUCCUUUCUGAACGAAAAGGCGUGCGAGGGCGGUGAGUGUCUGGUUGACGUGGGCCUCUGCCGCCGACUCCUCUUCAUCCUCCUCCUCCUCUCCAUCCUCUUCACCUUCUCCUUCACGCUCUUCCUUCUCGUCGGCUGGGAGCCGGUCCUUCAGCAGGUGUGACAACGCAUCGGCAGUCUGCACACACACAGAGAGAGAGAGAGAGGGACGGGGGUGUGGCUCUCGUCUGUGUGCUGGGAGGGGCUGGGGAGAAGAGGCAUACCAUUUUCUGGAAGACGGUGGACUGUGCGCUCAGGAAGUCGUAGAAGGACGCCUCGCUGCCGAUGUCGGGCUCGAUGUCCCACUUCUCCAGCAGAUCGCCGGCCGCCUUAGCCGUCGCCUGCAGGGGCAAAACAAGAAGACAUCACACAACGCACAAAGACACACCUGCUGGCUGUGUAUGUGUGUGUAGUACCAACCUGGCUCGGGUCGUGUUUGAAUACGUAGAGGUAGGUGGCGAUGGGCAGCAGCGACAGCGGGGCCAGGUCCAUCGCACGCACCACCGCAUUCCGGAUGUCGGCGUCGUCCGUCACGCCGAUGUCCGCCAGCAGAAUCAGCGUCAGAGACGUCUCAUCGGUUAUGAGGUAGCUGCCAAUAUGCACAGCCACACGUGUGUGCAGGGGCGCGUGGGUGUGUGUCGGUCAUGGCACCUGCACGCUUCGGCAAGGAUGUCCCUGCACACGCGCACGAGAGCGGGGAAGCACUUGAGCGCCCCCCCGACGCACUGCAGCACCUCCUCGCCCUCCAUCUGGGCCCUCAGCUUGAGCUGCAGCGCCAGCAGCUGCAGCGACUGCAUGCAUGCCUUGUCGCCCGCACGCUCUGGGUCGCUCAGGAUGGCUGACACCACCGGCAGUAUCAGGGCCGUGGCUGACGUCGGCAGUGGGGUGCGAUCGGACACCUGCAGCACACAGAGUGUUGCGCCAGUGUGAUGUCGUGUGGUGUGGUGUGUCUGUGCGCUUGCUGACUCACCGUUGCGAGUAGCUGGAUGGUGUGGUCGUCAACGGGCUUCUGCAGCGCCACGCGCACAAGCGCAUCAGGCAAGUACGACCUAUGCGGCACAGCAGCAGCAGGCAGCAGCACGUCGGCCAUGACCCGCAGCGCCUUGAGGGUCGCCAUGACGGUCAGGGGGCUGCCCAGCAGCCGCUGCAGCUGAGGCACUAUCAAUCCAGCCUGGCGACCGAAGGCCUCCGGGUGGGCGCGGCACAGCCUUGCGAGGCCGUCGAUGGCGUAGGUGGAGUGGUCGAGAGUGCGCUGAAUGCGUCUGCGUAUCUCCGUCUGCUCGUUGAGCUGGUGCUCCUCGAUCUCCUUCUUGGUGAGGGGGCGGUGGGGGGCACCGGCAGCUGAGGGUUUCUUGCCGCCACCGGCACCGCCCUUUGCUGACGGCUUGGGAGCGGCAGAUGGCUUCGACUGCGUGAAGGCGAGCAGAAGCACACACAGACAGAGAGGCACCAUUGUCGCAUUGUCUCGUGCCUCUGUGCUGUGCUGUGCUGUGCUGACGGGUAUUUGUGAAGGGUCGUAGUCUUCGCCAUAGAGAGCGGUAAGGUGUUUGUUUCGCUUGACGUUCUUCUGCUCCACCGCCUGUGCGAUGUACACGCCCUCCUCGACGUAGAGGAUGCCCUCGGGGGCGAAGUAGAUGGGCAGGUGCUCCGGGUCCUCGCCGCAGAUGUCAUCCACGUAAAGCUGCGAAGUCAGGUCGCCACACAGACCCUCAGCCGCCUCCAGACACGAGCUCGCCUGCACAACAGACACCGAAUUGUGGAUUCCCUGUCUGUCUCUUUCUCUUUUUCUCUGUGUUGCCCCUUACCGUUGCCAUGGAUUCGGCCUUGAGCAGCCGGAAGGUCUCGAUGACGGCCAGACAAGCGUCCCUGUACCCCGUGACGUCCUUGCCCUCGAUGCUGCCGCCUUUGGCCACCGCCCGCCUCACCGCCCCCCAAUGGGGAAAGUCCCCCCACUCACGCACCAUCAUCUUGACGUACUGCAUGCGGGACACAUCGCACGACCCCGUCAGAGGGUGGCACAUGCACAGCAGCGCAACCGCCGUCAAGUCCGGGCCGAUGACGUGUGGAAGGGAGGCGCCCAGCGGCUCCAUUCCGGGAGGCGGGGGCGGGGCGGUCGGGUCGCUGUCGGGAGCUCUCCGGCCGCAGAUGCGCAGGAUGGCUGUGAGGCAGUACCUGAGCGAGCCGGGGUGAGGGGUGUCGAUGUGGUGCUUGUGGCCGUUCUCUUGUUGUGGCGGCAGCGGCUGGCCCCAUGGCGGGGGGGCCUCCUUGUUGAUGUGGGCAAGGAGGUUGUAGAAGGCGAGCAGCAGGAGGGUGCCGAGGGCGGGGAAGUCGCUGAGCGAGGCGAGCUCGGCGUGCAGCCGGAAGGGACGCUGCUUGUCACGGGAGUCACUGAUGGCCUGAAAGCCAACAACACACCAACAACACACCAACAAUCCGUCCAGCAACCGACGCCCGUCUCUUUGUCCUGUGACCGACCCCUUUCUGCACGAGCUCCACGAUGACGUUGACGAAGGCCCAAUGCAGGCCUGUCCACCCCGCGGCCUUGCCGUUGGACUCAUGGACGGAUGGCGGGAGGCGGAAUGCAUCGGAGGCUAUGUCUGUGUUGGCUGGGGCUGGGCAGAGGUCGACGCCGCCGAAGACGGGCGGCCGCCUGUUGAGCAGCUGCACCAGGAACCGAAGCUGCGAUUGAAGCUCCCUGGCUGACGCCUGCAGAGAGAGAGAGAGAGAGAGAGAGAGGUCAGUGGGUGGACGGGACAGUGGUGGAAGUGUUUGGCGGCUGACUUUGUGUAUGAGCAGUCUUGUGUUGAGGUAUGAGCCCUUGUCUGUGAGGAUGGUCAUGGCCUUGGCGUCGAUCCUAUUGGCCACGCCGUCCAGCUGCACGUCGUCCAUGUUGAGCAGCACACGCCACACAUCCACACACAAACCCCUACACAGCCACGGCACAACACGCCCUACAAAUGCGUCAGACUGAUGGGUGACCUUUCCGCACCUUUUUGUGUGUUUGGCUGUGGCUUGGGGCAGGAUGGCCACGAGCGGAUCGAUGAGCUCCUGCAGGGCCGAGAGAUCGUACGAGAACCGCUCCUUGGCGCACAUCAUGGACACCAACGCCUAGGCAAAGCAAAGGAGCCGAGUGAGUGAAAGCUCCACCCGUUGGUGUGUCGUCGGGUCGCCUACCUCUACGGUGGCUUCCUUGAGGCGGUCGCUGGCCUUCUUGUCGGCGAGGAUGCCUCCCAGCACCUUGGCGUACUCGUGACAGGCAUCCUUGGUCACGCCCUCAAGUCGCAUCAACACGCCUACACACACACAUACACUCACGGGUCGGUCUGUGUCAGUGUGGUCUUUCCCCCCUCUCACCUGUGAGUUUGAUCCCCGCGGCCCUCGCGUCUUCGCUGCUCUCUGACUUGCAGCACUUGAGCAAAUAGGCCCCCCCACUGCCACUCAGCAGUGUGCGAGCGUACUUCUGCCGCUCGGAUCUAGUGCAUGGGGCAACGGUCAGGGCCAGCAUGGCCUGCACACGCACAGAGAGAGAAGGUGGGUGGAUGGGCAGGAGUGGUUUCGGAGGUCUGCCGACCUCUAGGUAAGCGAGUCUGUGUGGCGCUUGUGAGAGUGAGCCGCCCUCGAGGGUCGACAUCAGCUCACACAACAGACCCUCAAUCGCUGAACCGUCGCUGCACUGCACUCAGAAACAGAAGGUGAAACAAACAGAAGACGCAUCAGAAGACGCAUCAGCAGACUGACUUGGUGUGUAUUGACCCACCCUUUCAGUCUGCCUGCCUCGCUCACCUGUGAAGCGACGCUGCAGCAGAGCUGCAUCGCAUGUUCCCGGGUCUCUGCGCUGCUGGCCUUGAGCAGCUCAAACACAGCACCGCCCAACAGGGGACGGGCAUACCUGCACCACAACCACAACCACAACCACAACCACACACACAGAUGCACACGUGCCGGUGUCGCACCAUCCUCAGGCCUCACGUGGAGAUGUCGAUCUGCAGGAGGUUGGUGAGCUCGAUGACGUAGGUCAGCAGGUUGUCGGGGUUGCGCUUCAGGUACUUGACAAUCACCGGCACCAUCACCUCACCGAAAUCCUGACAGACAGACAGACAGACACACGUCUGGUCAACACGGCCGCCCGUCGACUUCUGCUGCCUCUUCGCCCCAGACCUGCUCUGUCAGGACGUUGAAGAUCGGCCUGAAUGCCGCCUGGGUCUCAGGCGGCGCCCUCUUCUUGGCCUCCAGCACACACGCACAGUACCUCUUGGCGACCGCCGCCCGCACCUCACCCGCCCUCUCCCUCUCAGCCUCGCCAUCAGCACCACCCAAACGCCGCUUGGCUGCAUGCGAUAUUCGUCGCGCCAGGGCCGUCACCAGCAGCACUGGGGGCGGGUCCUUGCUGUCCACUAUCUUGGUCAUGAUGGCCACUGCCUUGUCGCUGCGAGCCAUCAGGUGCAGCAAAGGGGUCAGCACUGACGGCUGCAGGCUGGUGGGGAGGUCGAUGUUGGUCAGGGACGCUUGCAGGGCGGCCGCGACGAAGGUGUCGGCGAGGAAUGCGUCAGGGUCGCCCUCGAGAAGGAACAGCAGGAAGAGCCGCACGGCCACCGCAAAUGCCCGGGGGUCCCCCGUGGUGAGCUUCUUGACGGCCUUGGUGUGCAGCUUGGCCAGGAAAGGAGCGAACUCCCCCUCCUCCUUCGCAGCCCUCCCCAGCGGCGAAACGAGCUGUCUUGCCAAUCCAUCCAGCGGCCGGCGGGACGACACACGGGGCGGCAGGGCGACGACAGCCACAUAGGCAGCUCCCUUGAACAGGUCUGGCGUGACAGGCCCCUCCGACAGCACUUCUGUGAGUCGCGUGAGCGCCGCACGACGCUCCUUAAGGGAACCCGUGUUGAGCUUUUCAGCCGUUUCCUUGAGAAGCGCCUCGUGGUCGGGUGCGUGGCCGUUGGCCGUGUGUUCUUGUGCGUUGCCGCUGGCCUGCUCCAUCCCGAUCUGCAAGCAGCUUCUUCUUCGCAGAUGACAAGAGAGAUCACCGAAUUAAAGACGUGCUGAAAUCGAUGACCAGCCGCUAUCGGGCUUCCUGCAUCACCAUCUUGAAUGCAUGGAAGCCAGAG